UGUGCGACGUGCACUUCCUGGUGGGCAAGGGGCUCAGCUCGCAGCGCGUCCCUGCGCACAGGUUUGUGCUAGCUGUGGGCAGUGCUGUCUUUGAUGCUAUGUUCAAUGGUGGAAUGGCUACCACAUCCACUGAAAUUGAGUUGCCUGACGUGGAGCCCGCUGCCUUCCUGGCACUGCUCAAGUUCCUGUAUUCAGAUGAAGUACAAAUUGGGCCCGAGACAGUAAUGACCACGCUGUACACCGCCAAGAAGUAUGCAGUGCCUGCACUCGAGGCACACUGCGUGGAGUUCCUGAAGAAACACCUGCGGGCUGACAAUGCCUUCAUGCUUCUCACGCAGGCUCGGCUCUUUGAUGAGCCGCAGCUAGCCAGCCUGUGCCUGGAGAGCAUAGACAAGAACACAGCCGACGCCAUCGCCGCCGAGGGAUUCACUGACAUUGACCUGGAUACACUGGUGGCAGUGCUGGAGCGUGACACUCUGGGCAUCCGUGAGGUUCGACUAUUCAAUGCUGUAGUACGCUGGUCUGAAGCUGAGUGUCAACGGCAACAGCUUCAGGUGACACCUGAGAACAAGAGGAAGGCGCUAGGGAAGGCCCUAGGUCUCAUCCGGUUCCCCCUGAUGACCAUUGAGGAGUUUGCAGCAGGCCCGGCACAGUCCGGCAUCCUGGCGGACCGAGAGGUGGUCAGUCUUUUCCUGCACUUUACUGUCAACCCCAAGCCUCGCGUGGAGUUCAUUGACAGGCCCCGCUGCUGCCUUCGAGGCAAGGAGUGCAGCAUCAACCGGUUCCAGCAGGUGGAAAGCCGCUGGGGCUACAGUGGCACCAGUGACCGAAUCAGGUUCUCCGUCAACAAGCGCAUCUUUGUGGUGGGCUUUGGGCUCUAUGGAUCCAUCCACGGGCCCACUGACUAUCAAGUGAACAUCCAGAUCAUCCACACAGACAGCAAUACGGUCCUCGGCCAGAACGACACUGGUUUCAGCUGCGAUGGCUCGGCCAGCACCUUCCGUGUUAUGUUCAAGGAGCCAGUGGAGGUCCUGCCCAAUGUGAACUACACUGCCUGCGCCACGCUCAAGGGCCCGGACUCUCACUAUGGCACCAAAGGCUUACGCAAGGUGACUCAUGAGUCGCCCACCACAGGGGCUAAGGCAUGCUUUACCUUCUGUUAUGCCGCCGGGAACAACAAUGGCACCUCUGUGGAGGAUGGGCAGAUCCCGGAAGUCAUCUUCUACACCUAGGACAUUCUCCACCGAGGUCACCCCUUGCCAGCCACAGGCCAGCCUCCCUCCCUGCCACUUCCCUCAUCAUCAUGGAAGGGGCUGCCUUGUGUUCACAGUGACAAGUGUGACCCCCAUCCCAAGGCACUGGGGAGUUGGUCGGGCCAUGGGCUGGGCCCUGUCAAGACAAUCCCUCAGUCUUGGUGGGCAGAGUGGGCCUGGUCGUGUAUGGACAGCUGUUGGGGUGGAGGGCAGUGGCUUGGGAGUCUGGGUUCCCAUUCUGGUCCCUGCAGCUCAGGGCAGAAGGCCUGCUCAGUGCCCAGCGGUGCUACAGCAGCACUCGCGGUUCUCUUAAACUGCACACUGCAAUGCAUUCGAGUCCACACUUGGCUAGAGCCCAUGCUCAUGCCUGUCCUCCAGCCAGUGGUUGGGUUUCAUGUUUCUUUGUUCUCCGUUGCUCCCUGAGGACACUGAGGCCACCUGAAGCCCUGGCCUCCUGGGCUUGUGCAUGUGCAGGGCAGUGGUCAGUCCUGAGGAGCCUUGGACAGGGCUGGUGAGCCUUGCUGGAAACUCUGCCCCAGGAUGGGUGCGAUGUGUUAGUAAAAGGCCAUCACUACCCAGCCUCUAUGGGUCUGCUCCUCCCAGGUAUGGCUAGCAAAGCUCAGCUCUGAGCCUGCAGUGCUGGAGCCACAGGUCAAGCCCCAUCCAGAUGCACUGGGCCUCCAGCUGGCCUGCUGCGGCACCCAGGGUACCACAGAACAGCCCUGUGCAAACCACAGCCCUGGUUCUCUUAAGUCCACCAGGCUCUCUGUCCUGAUGCCCUAGGAGGCGCAGCCCUCUAUCUGGGGCUCCCUCCUUUGUGUCUCCAUACCUGUGACCUCCUACCCAGAACCCAUGUCCUCCCCAAAGCCAUGGGAGGUGACCCCUCCACACUGUAUCCCCAAAUGAUUUUUUUAAAUAAAGGAAACAAACCCUUGA